UUUCAGAAUCUUUUUGUGCUAUGUCUACUGAAUCGUUGUAUGCUGCAGUAAACGAGGUUUUAAAGAAACUUGUGGCAGAAGCAAUAGCGGCCGAGAAGUGUGUCAAGAUUGUUCACAAGACGACAAAGAAAAAGAUUGCUCCUGACAAAAUGAAAGAAAUUCUGACAACUGCAAAAGAUGAACUGCAGGAAUCGGUGUUGAAUGGUGUCAGUCAGGUAAUCCACAACGAUGAGGUCCUUGAAGGAAUGGUCAAACUAAAAAAUCUUAUUGAGGGAUCACCGAAAGAAGUUGCAGGAUGGCGACCAAGUGGCAUUCCAUCGGUUGACAUUACCGGUCAUUUACAACCAGUUAUGUUUGACAAUGAGAAUAAUUUGAUUCGCUUGAGAGAUAGAUUGGAAGCUGAAGUCGAGAAGAAGCGAAAUUUUUACAAGGAAACUGAAGAUGAAGUUCAGGCAGUGAUGCGAGAAGCAUCAUUUUGUAAUCAUAUCAUCCGUCCGCUGCCAUAAAUUAAUUUACUUACAGUUUAUGUGUAGUUAUAAAUCGCCAUUUUUUAUAGCCACUAGUACUUUUUCUUCUUAGGUUUUUAUAUCGUUUGAGCACCUAAAAUAAAGCAUUGCUCAUUUGCUGUUAAACUUUAAUCUAGCUUUGCUGUGAGACUUGCUGUAAAAUUACUG